AUCCUGGGUCCUUCCUUUCCAACCCAGGCUCGCUUCUGCAAUCAUGGGAAAGUGUCGUGGUCUGCGCACAGCCAGGAAGCUCCGUAAUCACCGCCGUGAGCAGAGAUGGCACGAUAAACAGUACAAGAAGGCCCAUCUGGGCACGGCCCUGAAGGCCAACCCCUUCGGAGGAGCCUCCCACGCCAAGGGCAUCGUCCUGGAGAAAGUUGGUGUUGAGGCUAAGCAGCCCAACUCUGCCAUCAGGAAGUGUGUCAGAGUUCAGCUCAUCAAGAACGGCAAGAAAAUCACCGCCUUCGUCCCCAAUGACGGUUGUCUCAACUUCAUCGAGGAGAACGAUGAGGUUCUGGUGGCCGGAUUCGGACGUAAAGGUCACGCCGUUGGUGAUAUUCCCGGCGUUCGCUUCAAGGUGGUCAAGGUGGCCAACGUGUCCCUGCUGGCUCUGUACAAAGGCAAGAAGGAGAGACCUAGGUCAUAAAAUGUUGAGACAGAAAAUAAAAUAAACACAUUUUCAAUUACA